AUGCUUAUCACAGAAUUUCGAAUUAUUUUACCAAUGACAGUUGAAGAAUAUCAAGUUGCACAAUUAUAUGCAACGGCUGAAGUAUCGAAACAAAAUACCGGUGGUGGUGAAGGUGUAGAAAUUCUGGCUAAUGAGCCAUUCGAAAAGCCAAUGGCUGAAGCAUUUCUGGGCAGAUAUAAUACUGGUCAAUAUACGAAAAAAAUUUAUCAUCUAGGCUCACGUGUGCCAAGUUGGGUUCGUUAUAUUUUCUCGGAUUCAAGUUUAUCAUUGCACGAAGAAGCAUGGAAUGCUUAUCCAUACUGUAAAACAGUUCUUAAAAAUCCUUAUAUGAAAGAAAAUAUGAUUAUUGAUAUAUCAACUUUACAUGUACCUGAUCGGGGUGAAUCUGAAAAUGUACAUCAAUUAGCCGGUGAGGAACUUAAACAUCGUAAAAUUGUUUAUAUCAAUAUUGCUGAGAAAGUAAGUCGAGCUGAUUAUAAAGCUGAAGAGGAUCCGGAAAAAUUUCAUUCAAUUAAAACUGACCGUGGACCAUUAUUAUCAACUCAACAAUGGUUUAAAACUUGUGAACCACAUAUGUGUUGCUAUAAAUUAGUUCGUGAAAAAUUUAAAUGGUUUGGUCUUCAGACAAAAGUGGAAAAUUUAAUUAUGACUCAAGAAGAACGCUUAUUUCGUAAUUUUCAUCGACAACUAUUUUGUUGGACAGAUAAAUGGUAUGGUUUAACAAUGCAUGACAUUCGAGCACUUGAAGCGAAAGCAGUUGAGGAACUGAAUAAAGAACGAGUGGAGGGUGAAAGAAAAGGUUUUACAACUGAGGAAUAA